ACUCUAUGUUUCCGGUGUGUGUUUCCGCGUAAGAUGUUUGGUAACAUGUUUCUGUUCAGCGGUGAAUAACAGCGGAGUUCCUCCUCAAAGGUGAGUUCACCCCACCGACCCAACCUCAGGUGUGGACUAACUGCAGGUACCAGCAUGCUGCUCCCCCUUCUUCUGCGCCCGUCCCUCCGCUGCUCUCAGGCCUCUCAGGUCCUGUUAACACGAUGUGUGCGCUGCGACGCCUCUCGGACACUGCACUCUCAGGCUGAGCACUUCCUGCGACGGAGGCUCCCCCUGCGCCUCCACACACAGAGCCGAGGCACCAAGAGCCGAGGAAGGAAGUCCAGGAGCCACGAGGAGGAUUGGAAAACCAGGAACAAGACAGUGCUGACGUACAUUGCCGCUGCAGGGGUGGGGAUGAUCGGCCUGUCGUACGCUGCAGUGCCGCUCUACAGGCUCUACUGCCAGGCCUCGGGGCUCGGCGGCAUGGCGGUGGCCGGACAUGACGCAGAUCAGGUGGAGACAAUGAAGCCAGUGAAGGAGCGGGUCCUCAAGAUCACCUUCAACGCAGACACACACGCCAGCAUGCAGUGGAACUUCAGACCGCAGCAGACGGAGAUCUACGUGGUUCCAGGUGAGACGGCGCUCGCUUUCUACAGAGCAAAGAACCCCACAAAUAAACCCAUCAUCGGCAUCUCCACCUACAACGUGGUGCCCUUCGAGGCCGGGCAGUACUUCAACAAGAUCCAGUGUUUCUGCUUCGAGGAGCAGCGACUGAACCCUCACGAGGAGGUGGACAUGCCCGUCUUCUUCUACAUCGACCCGGAGUUUGACGAGGACCCCCGGAUGGCCCGAGUGGACACCAUCACCCUGUCCUACACCUUCUUCGAGGCCAAGGAGGGUCAGAAGCUCCCUCUGCCCGGAUACAGCUACAACUGAUCUGUACACACAGGGAGGGUCACGGAAACUAGGAGGCUAGUUCUGGUUCAAAUCUCAGUGCGAGUAAAAGUGAAAGGAAAAAGACAAUCCAAGACUCACUGAAGUAUUUGUUUUUAAUGUGAAAUGCAUUGCUCCCCCAAAAAAGACUGAAACCAAACAACAACCAGAUUUUUUUUUAUUAAAUCAAGUAAAAAGCUUCAGUGUAAGUCUUGUUGUUUUCAGUGUCUCAGAGUUUGAGGGUCCACUGUAAAGGUUGUAAACAAAAUAUUCUAGAUUUUAUUCUGAGAAUAAAGUUAAAAUAUUUGAAGAAAGAUGUGUAAUAUUCAAUAGAAAAGUCAAAGUCCUGAUUUAAUUUAAUAUGAGAUGGGAGCAGGGUGUCAUCUGAGGUUUCACAUAAAAGCAGCUUCAGGAUUCAUGUAUUUCACUCAGUGUAGCCUGAGAACAAGAAGACAUUUUGCAGAUUUUUUUUCUUUUCAAAAAGUUGCAUUUUCCCCCUAAAUAUUUUACCUUAAUUCUCAAAAUAUCACAUUUAUUUUUUCUAACAGUGGUCCUAAUUCACUGUAACAGAAUAAACCAGGUGUUCACUCAUCCUGGAAAACCUGGAAUUCUUCAAUGCAGCUUCACAGUCAUUGAAAAGUCCUGAAACAAGUUUAAAGUGUCAGAAUCUAUAAAUUCCUUCUCGGUGGCUGAUACACAUUUGAAGGUGUCGAGGUGAAACCUUUCUGAGAAAAGAGUUGGCUGGAUGAGUUUUUCUACAUUUCACCUGAACUGAGGAACAAAACUGUCAGAACUCUGGAGACUGAACUUUCUCUCCUGUCGAUGAAAGACGUGGAGACUUCAGACCCGAAGACCUCCAGCUGUUUGUGUGUGUGACGUCUGAGAGACUGUACAUGUAUAAAUGAGAUCAUGAUUACAGCUGAUAAUUGUUUUAAAGACUGAAAAUAUCUGAAUAAAUUAUGACUACAAACUGAA